UUUCCGAAGAAGCCAAUCAGCGGCACCGCGGUUCCGGGGUAUCAAGUAUCAGCACCCGCUUCCUGAGGCUGACAUUUGUCCCCAGACCCCGAGGAUGCGGGUCGUGAUGCCCCCAACUCUGCUCCUGCUGCUGUCGGGGGCCCUGGCUGUGACCCAGACCUGGGCGGGCUCCCACUCCCUGAGGUAUUUCCACACCGCGAUGUCCCGGCCCGGCCUCGGGGAACCCCGCUUCAUCUCCGUGGGCUACGUGGACGACACGCAGUUCGUGCGGUUCGACACCGACACCCUGAAUCCGAGGUCUGAGCCGCGGGCGCGGUGGAUGGAGCAGGAGGGACCAGAGUAUUGGGACCGGGAGACGCGGAACGCGAAGAGCAACGCACAGAAAUUUCGAGUGAGCCUGCAGAACAUGCGCGGCUACUACAACCAGAGCGAUUCCGGAUCACACAACAUCCAGUGGAUGUAUGGCUGUGACAUCGGACCGAACAGCCGCCUCCUCCGCGGGUACAGUCAGGUGUCCUAUGACGGCGCGGAUUACAUCGCCCUGAACGAGGACCUGGGCUCCUGGACCGCGGCGGACACAGCGGCACAGAUCACCCGCCGCAGGUGGGAGGUGGCCUGUGCGGCAGAUCACUACAGGAACUACCUGGAGGGCGUGUGCGUGGAGUGGCUCGCCAAAUACCUGGAGAUGGGGAAGGAGACGCUGCUGCGCGCAGGUACCGGGA